UCACGCCGGGUGGGGGGGCGGGGGUCUGUAUAGAAGCCGCUCCACGCCCGUCCUCCCGCAGGACGCAGCGCACCCAUGCUCCGCUCACCUCCGCUGUGCGGCCCGAACCGGGCCAGGCAGGAGAACGGUCUGGAGGGUGAAGCAGAGGAGGACGAGGAAGAGGAGGAAGGAGACCUGGAGGAUGAGGUGGACGCGUCCCACCUGGAAAAGUUCAUGAGGGACCGCAGGAGAGCCCGGUCCCUGCCGGCCUAUCCGGUCGCGCUCCUGAACGGGGAUCCCGGUAGGAAGCGGGUGAAGUUCGCGGACUCCAUGGGGCUCACGCUGGCCAGCGUCAAGCACUUCAGCUCCCAGGAAGAACCGCAGAUCCCGUCCAAAGUCCUGUCCCGCCACAAGAGCUUCCCCCCGCCGCAGCAGGACCCCCUGGCCGAGCUGUGCCAAAGUUUCAGGUCCAGUCUGGACACGGACCGGCUGGUGGCCUGCUUCCCCGAGCUGCGGGGGGCGGAGCGGCGGGUCCAGGAGCUGCGGGUCUGCCUGGAGAAGGUGGUUAUCACGCAAUUCGACGUGCGGGGGCAGGUUUGGGUCAUGCGGGGCAGCACCAUCAGGGAGGUCGGGGUCAGGUACACCUUCAACGACUGGUUGUCCUACGUGGACGCGCAGGCGGUGCUGGCGGAGAAUCCGAGGGCCGAGGGGGUCCGGUUCGGCUUCACCAUGUUCCCCCCGCCCUUCAUGGGCCCCUGCACCGCCGUUCACUUCGCCGUGUUCCUGCGGAGCGACGAGGGCGAGUUCUGGGACAACAACCAAGGCCAGAACUACACGCUCCGGUACCGAACCCAGCCCGGACACAUGGACUCUGGCAGUGCCGCACCCGGGCCGGCUGGAGAAGUUUCUCCAUCUCCCUUCUGAGAAGGUCUGAAGGAGCAGCUGCUGCUUUCCAUCCGAGCUGUGGGAGCGGGUUUUGGUAGAACCAUCUAAGGAAAAAGUUCUGGUUCUGAGGGACAUCUCAACUUAAAGAUGGGUCCUCCUAUUUCCAUCUGAGCUGAGGGAGCUGGUUCUAUUAGAACCAUCCAGACCAACCUGUCCUGUUUCUGUGAGACAAUUCAACCUAAGGACAGGUCCACAUGGUCCCCAUCAGGUAGACUCACAGGCAGGAGAAGCCAGGAAACCAACCGGAUCAGGUUCUGAAUCUCACUGAAGGUUUUUAAUGUUCCAGUGUUUGACGUUCAGGAUGAAAUAAUAAAUACCAGAAACAACAUAAUCAUUUCGUUUUUAUAAUCACAGAAUGAUGCAUUAAUGUCCAACAAGUCCUCCAUUUUCUGUCCAUCAUCUAAAGCUCGACUAGUUCCUGGUUCUCUGUGGCCGAUGCCGAUAUUUUCAAAUAAAGACCACCGAUGCGGAUAUUCUAUGCCAGUUUAAUUUUAGUUGAUUUUUUCUUGUUUCUAUUGGAUAACAAAAGCUGUUAGAAUGGGAGGAGGGAAUAUUGUCAUUUAUUAUUUCUCACAUACAUAAAAACAGGGCAAAUAUCGGCCUGAACGAUUGGUCUCUGCCAUCAUGUCCUACAGAGAUCACCAUGUGGUGCAUUCAGGCUCACCUGGACCUUUUCAUUGGUUCAUUUGGUUUAGUUUAUCAAUCAACUGCAGGUAGUUUAACUCCAGAACCAAAACCCACUGUUUAAUGAAUCUUCUUCACAUUCAGCAUUUUGGACACGGCUUGAUGUCCAAGAAUGAAGAUCGGUGAUGAUCACGUCUGUGGAGUUUAGCCUGCAUUAAGGCUUUUUCCUUAAAACAGGCCAACAAAGAAAACACUUAAUGUGAGAUAAUAUCCACGAUCAGCACAUUUAGUUCAUAUUGGAAAACUGACAUCUGAUUAUUGCUUUAAUGGAAAUCAGAUAAAACUUUUUCACUAAGUGUUUUAGACCUAAUCAGAAAUCUGGAAGGAUUCUAGAAUUUAAACCAUCUGGAAGAAGGAAGGAGGAGCUUGACCAGAGAGUUGGGUCUUUAAAUCCAACAUGGCUGCCUUGUAAAGCUAGCUAGCUGCAGUCCCUAACGGCUUCCCUGAGUUAAACCAGCCCUCUUCGGGGCCGUCUGUCUGGGACCUCCCUGCUGCAGGCUUUAAAUGGAUUAAAUGCUAAGCUAAACACAGAGCAGCUUGUAUCGCUAACAAUAGCUAGCAUAAUCGAUUAGCACGCCAACAGUUCCUGAGCUGCACCCAGAGUGGCAUUAAACCCACAUCGACGUCUGUCACAUGUUUCAGUUUCCGUUUACUGCUGAACGAGCUCCACCGGCUGCUUAAAGACCAACCUUAAAGGACCCGCACGCUGGAGACAGUGACAUCUAGUGGCUCAAACUGAAAACUGCAGCCAACUGUAAACCAAACCUGUCCAUCUCAGAAGUCUGGGAAGGAAGAAAACUGUUGCUUUGAUAAUCGUUUAAAUUUAAAUAAUUACUUUUGUAACUUAUGUGGUUUAAAGUGAUUUUUGUUCAUCUUGAAUUACUUUAAAUGUUCAUUGUUGUCCUAAAAAAGUCUUUCAUGUAAUGUUGGCUUUAUAGAAAAUGACAAAUUAUUAAACCUACAUCAUAUGUAACGGCAAAGCAUUAAAAAUGUUGCAUUGUUUGGUAUAAUUUUAUUUUCACAAUGUAACAUGUUUUACAUGGUGACUUCCUUUAUAAUAAAAACUGUAACUUUAGAAAGAAAAAUAUGAUCUCAACAAAUAAAUGAAUAAAAACUUA